GGUAAUAUAGCCUUUUUCUCUUGUUCCAUGCGAUCGUCUCGCCCAAACUCUGCCUGAGACGGUCUGGUGUCAUUGUUUGUUACAGUGAUCUCACUGACCUUGUUCGUCAGUCGAGCGGUGCGUGAAGACAGAACCACAUCCAACACAUAACACCAUGAGGAAAUUCGUCAACUGUUUGGGCGAGGGUGCGGGGUGGGACCCCGAAUUUUGCAAGAGCAGGAAGGGCAAUUACUUUGAUGCGCACAAGACAUUCAUUGGGUGGCGGGAGGAAGCAAAAAGAAUUGCUGACGAGGACGAGGAAUCACGAGGAGAACCAUGUGAUGAAGAUGGAGAAGAUCCCAGCAUCAUUCAAACCUUUAUGCAAGGCCCGCAAGGAUCGGAUAUAUGUGACUUGGAGGCGUCAGUCGUUGAGAACUUCUGCGGCAGUAAUAUUCCGGAAUCUCUGCGCGAAGACAGACUUGGUGACCUUCCCACCAAUCGUAACUUCUGGUUUGCGGGAAGUUGCAGCGGUGGCGAAGGAUCUUCGAGAAUACAGCCGCAAUGGCUGACACCACAAGCCUUCUGUCGUGAAUUCAACAAGCACGUGCGUUUCGAUCCAAGUGACAAAUGCGUCGAGGCACAAGAUAUGCCUGGGGCUAGCGGGCCGGCCCACGGCGUCUGCCCAGGUAACCCAGGCGACGAUGGUGGGGGGAAUACCUGUAAGUUGACAUCGCUCCAAAACAGCUUCGUCGGCGACCCUGACGCUUUGAGUUUUGGCGCCCUUAUAAGUACGGCGACAAUCCACCUGGCAUCACCACUAGCAAAAACCCUCCACAACCAUUUGGCAUCAGUGACGUCCAUUGAAGUAGAGACUUGUUCGGACCGCUUUCUCACGUUCCAGCUUUCAUUUUCCCUGCCGUACUUUGCCUGGAGAACCUCACCAAGACCCUGCAAAGAUCAACGACUUACGAGGACAAACCAGCCCUUGAGAAGCUUCAGAGAUGUUUCACCGUUGAUUCUCGUGCCGAAUAAAUUGCCGGCAUACCUUUAUCAGGCACAGAUAUCUUGCGUGGUGGCCGGUUUUGACGAAUGGACUUGGACCGCGCACUGUCUUGCAGACAGCUACUUCGACGGAGAGGACGGCGAAAAUGUACAGCAGUAUUCCAAGGACGCCAGGGAUGGAGCCAGCACGAAUCCUUUCCUUCACGGAGUGAUUGAGGCUGGUCGGCCUUUCCAUAAAGCCCGGGAGUUCUUCCUGCGAGUCUUCUCGGUCCGCCUAAAACAGGUGUGGAAAGAGUGGCAGACUGUCGUCACGAAUAUCAAGAACAGCAUCUCCAGAUAUGAAGAGGAACACCUUACUCCAUUGCUCCCGUCCUGUACGACCAAGGACACACGACACGAUGAAGCAGAAAUUCGGAAAGCAUUUGAAUGGGUUAACAACGCCAUGCGCAUUACAAAGGAAUUGUCAGAAAUUCUGUCCAAGACUGUUGAUGCUUGCGAGAGAUUCGCCGAGAAUGAUGCUGUCAACUUCCAGGAUUUUCUCAAUAUCAGCCAUGCUCAGAAGUUACUGCACUCCAUUCAACGGGUGAUAGAGGAUUUUCAAACUCUGAGAACGGAGCUUAGAGCUAUAAUUGAGCGUUGCGAGGACUUUGUUCACAAGCUGGAGUUCCGCAUUCAGCUUGAGGCAAUUUGUAUGGGCAACUUCCAGAGCGCAUUGGUCAAAGACAACAAUGAGUUGGCGAAAACCACACAAAGACUUUCGGUGAUCAUGAUGCUCUUCGUCUCUCCUGUGGCAGUGGCAGCGCAGAUCUUUUCCAUACCCGAGAACCUCGUGCCGUUCGUACCUCGGAACUUUGUAUCAUUCCUUGUUCUGACCUGCACCCUGGGCAUCGCCAGUUAUGCCUUUCUGGACUACCAAGAGAUAGUACGCCUCUGGCGGAAGCUGCAACCGGUAUCCGGAGAAUUGGCAUUUGGCAAUGUUCUCAGAUUUUGGGCAACCGGCAUAUACGGAGCCAGAGCCACCGCAAGAAUUGCUGGGAUGGUUCUUUCUCUUCGCCGUCCUCGAACAAAUGUACCGCCACAGGAAGUGGCGGAGUUGGGAAUGAUGCUUCCUUUGCGGCUCAGUCUCACGGACUUGCAAAAUAUCGCAGACGAUUUCGCUGCGACUGACUCUGCUCAUGGCAUUGUCGAGCUAUCACACGCUGUCUGA